AUGACUAAAAAUGUAAAAUUAAGUAAUAAAAGGAAAAUAAUAUUACAAGAUAAAAAUAGUAAAAAAUUCCAUUCAAAUACAGAUGAUUCCAUUAAUUUCAAUAAUCCAUCAUUACACACUAAUAAUCCAUUAAAUCCACUUCAUUCCCCAAAUCAAGACAAUUCUUUAAAUCAAGACAAUUUAUCUACUCAAGACAAUACUCUAAGUCAACUUAAUUUAUCUACUCAAGAUAUAAUUAAUGAUAAUAAAGAAUUAGAAGAAAAGAAAUUGAAAAAAGAUGAAUUAUUAUUAUUAUUUAAUAAUUGUGUAACAGCACUUUCAAAUAAUAAAAUUUGUACAUACAAUGCUUUUGAUAUUGGAAUUAUUGAUCAUAUUGAUGAUUUAAUACAGAUCAAUGAAGAUACAUAUGAGACUACUGGUCCUACUCAGGGACCUACACAGGGUAUAAAUAUUGUUCAAAAGAGUUUAGAGAAUUUGGAAGAUAUUAAUUAUUCAUUAAUAUCUAAAGUAGUUGAAAGUGCAAGUAAAGUUUAUAGUUACAGAGUUGAAGCGAUUUAUAAUAAAACUUUUAAUAUUCUAACAAAUAUUAAGAAUAAAAAUGAAAAUUCUAAUCUUAAUACAAAACGAAAUAAAAAAAAUAUUAAACUUUAUGAAUUCACAGGUAAGAAUACAUUAUUAUUGAAGAAUGAAGUGACAUUGAAUAAAUUGGAAGUGGAUAAUGUAUUAAUGGAUCCUUAUUUCUUAAAAAUCUCUUCAUUAUUCAAUAAUUCUCUCAAUCUCUUAAUGCUCAAUAUUCUUAUCAAUAAUCUAAUCAUAUCACUUUUUAAUACCAAUACUAAUACUACUAAUACUAAGGUUAUUAAGGAUACUAAGGUUAUUAAGGAUACUAAUACUAGGGGAUUAGGUACUAAUACUAAGGAAGCCCCUUUCGGGGAUAAGGAAGUCCCUUUCGGGGGUGCUGUUGGACCAAGCACCGUAACGGAAGUAACUGAUAUAAAAUUAAAUAAAAUAUUAAUAUCGGAUAUAAUAAAAUAUGAUAAAAAUAAGAAAAUAUUACCUGAAAUUAAUGAAUAUAUACAACAAAUUUAUGGAAUUAAUGAAAAUGAACAAUAUCUUAUCAAUCAUACUGUAGUUCCCAAUGAAACUACUGUAAAUCCAACUGAAAUUGACACAGUAGUUCCAACUGAUACUACAGUAAUUCCAACUAACACUUCUACAGUAAUUAUGGAUGAAAUUAUGGAAGAAAAUAUGAAUUUAAGUAUACGUGAAAUAAUACCAGAAAUAACAAAUGAACCUUUAGAUAUUUUCUAUGAUGCAAUUAGUAAUGAAAAUGAUAUUUAUACUAAUUCUCUUAAUCCUAUGGAUAUUAGUACCAUGGGAAAGAGAGCUAAUGACACUUUUGGUACUUCGGGAAAGGGAGCUAAUUCUACCCUUAUGGAGUGUACUACCGGAAAGGGAGCUAAUUUUACAGCUAUGGAGUGUACUAUGGGAAAGGGAGCUAAUUCUACAGCUAUAGAGUGUACUAUGAAUAAUUCUAUAAUAGAAAAUAUAUUAAAAAAUGUAAAAAAUAAGAAAAAUGAUAUGAAAAAUGAAAUAAAAUUGAAAUCAAUUUCAUUAUUAAAAUUUGUUUUAGAAAAUAAUUUAAAUAUAUUAGAAUCUAUAGAAUUAUUAUCAUAUUAUAAUAAAAAAUAUAAAUAUAAUUUUAAUAAUAAUUUACAUAAUAAUAAUUUUAAUAAUAUUAAUAUUAAUAAAUUAUUAUAUAAUAAUAUUUUAAUUAAUUUUAAUAAUUCCAAUAAUAAUAUGGAUAUGGGUACUGGUGUGACUAUGGGUAUGGAUAUGACUAUGGGUAUGGGUACUGCUAUGGAUAUAGAUAUGUGUAUGGGUAAUUAUGAUUAUUCUAAUAUAAAUGAAGAAAUAAAUGAAAUAAAUGAAGAUUCUAUAAAUAAAAUAAAUUCUAUUAAUGAAAAUUCAAUAGAUAAUUUGGAAGAAAAAGAUAAUAUUAUAGAUAUAAAUAAAUUAAAAAAAUAUAUAAAAAAUAUAAUAGAAAUGGAAAAUAAUAAAAUAACAUUUAAAAAUUUAAUAAAAAAUUUUAGUGGAAUAUUUGAAGGAAAUAAUGGUAUAAUUUGGUAUAAUAAUAAUAAUAAAAAUAAUGGACAUCGUAUUAUAUUAAUUAAUCCAAUGGUAACUUAUCUCAUUAAUUAA